UCUGCUCCGGUCGGGCCGACAGUGCGUGUCGAGAAGGCCCGCGAAACGCGUACCGUAUACACCGACGACGACGAUGAUGAACUUGUGCUCGGUUUAAGAUUUCUCUCCUGUCUUCUUCUUCUUUUUUUUUUUUUUGUUGUUGCUGUCGUUGUCGGUGAGUGAACGAGUGAGUGCAGUACGCGUGUGAGCCAUUGUUGUUUUCUACAGAUAAAAAAAAAGAAAAGGAAAAGAGAAGAAAAAUAGUGCAACUGGUGCAAUGUUUCCCGCGCGCGCGAUUCUUCUCUCGGGUGGCAAAAGUGCAGUGUUACACGCGCGGUGCGCGUGGCAUUGCUAAUUGAGUGAUCUACAUUGAAAAGAAGACGAGGAGGAUGCUGUAAAAACCGAUUGUACCUUCCUUCUUUCUCUUCGUCGUUGUUAUUUUUUUUUUCGAAACUUCAUCACAAGAUGACGGAUCAGCUUCUGUCGUCCAGCUGGGCGAUGAGACGAAACAUCAGCAUCGGCGCCGGCCAAGACACAUCCAUGGAUCCGGACAUGUCGAGAUUCCCAAAGCCGCUGCGCAACGUGGCCGCCACCGUCUCCAUCGUCAUCAUGAUCGUCGGCGUGAUCGGCAAUCUGCUCACAAUCGUCGCCCUGCUCAAGUAUCCGAAGGUGCGCAACGUCGCGGCUGCCUUCAUCGUCAGCCUGUGCGUCGCCGACUUCGUGUUCUGCUCGCUGGUGCUGCCGUUCGACUCGAUGCGCUUCAUCGACGUCAGCUGGGCCCACGUCAGCUUUCUCUGCUCCCUCGUGCCGUUCCUGAGGUACGGCAACACCGGCGUCAGUCUACUCUUCGUCGGAGCUAUCACGAUCAAUAGGUACAUAAUGAUAGCCCACCACAGUAUUUACGCCAAGGUCUACAAGAAGCACUGGAUCGCUCUCAUGCUGCUGUUCUGCGUCGUUUUCUCCUACGGCAUGCAGAUACCGACUCUGCUCGGCUCCUGGGGUCAAUUCGAUUACGAUCCGAAUCUGGAGACGUGCUCCAUAGUGCCGGACGCGAACGGCCGAUCGCCCAAGACGUUCCUGUUCGUCACCGGCUUCUUCAUACCCUGCAUCGUCAUCGUCGCCUGCUACGCCAAAAUAUUCUGGGUCGUGCACAAAUCGGAGAAGCGAAUGAGGCAGCACACGCAGCCCCAGCAGACGCAGCAUCAGCCGGCGAUGCAGCAGAUCAAAUCGCCGUACUCGCCCGCCCGCCCGGAGAGCACCCAGCGCGAGAUCAAGAAGGGCCGCAGCGAGUGGCGCAUCACCAAGAUGGUGCUGGCGAUAUUUUUGGGCUUCCUCGCCUGCUACCUGCCCAUCACCAUCGUCAAGAUCGCCGAUCCCGAAGUCCGUAAUCCAGCCUUCCACGUGAUCGGCUAUCUGCUGCUCUACGUCGCGUCCUGCGUCAACCCGAUCAUCUACGUGAUCAUGAACAAGCAGUAUCGCCAGGCCUACGCGGGGGUGAUCAGCUGCUCGAGGAUCAGGGCGAGCCUGACGCCCCACGGCAGCAGCGCGCCCGGCCACAACAACAAUUAUCCCCACCAAGGACUUGCCGAAACGAGCUAAUAAUUGUGUUAUUGACGCCACUCUUUUCUGCGCAAUUAAAGCAAUUGUAAAAAAAAAGAAGUCCUCCGAGAUAACUCCAAAGACUUGAAUAAAACGAUGGUGUCAACCGUGUCGAUCGGCAUGAAUUCCAUUAAAGACGAUUUCAUUUAAAAAAAAAAUCGUUCAGAAAAAAUAAACGAACAAAAAAUAACCCGAGGGACCACAUUCAACCUGUUGCUCCGUACAUGUAUAAAGUUUUCAUUUUUUUGUACAAUCGUUUAGAACUAUUAUAUAUUUAAAAUUGUAUUUAUAAUUAUUAUAAAUAGA